CCUCCGCAUCUUCAAUCCUUUUUCUCUCUCCCUGAGUCCCUGGUGGCAGUCACUUCCACUGCAGAGUGCAGAGUGCAGAGUGAGAGUGAUACUGAUAGUCUCUCUCUCGCUCAAUCGCGUUAGCCAUGGAAAUGGCGUCAUUCCGUUGGUCCUUGUUGGUUCCACUUCUGCUGCUUCCAUGUCUAACUGUCUUUGCUGCCAAGCAGACCUACAUCGUUCACAUGAACCACCAACAGAAACCCACGUCCUUCCCCACCCACCACGACUGGUAUCAAUCCCUCUCAACUGAUCCUUCCUCCCUCAUCUACUCCUAUAACAACGCCUUCCACGGCUUCGCCAUCUCCCUAGACCCCAAUCAACUUGCCUCCCUCCGCCGCUCCGACUCCGUCCUCGCCAUCUAUCCUGACUCCCUUUACUCCCUCCACACCACCCGCUCCCCCGAGUUCCUGGGCCUCGACUCCGAUUUGGGCCUGUGGCCUGGCCACAGUACCGAGGACCUCGACCAGGCCUCUCAGGAUGUCAUCAUCGGCGUCCUCGACACGGGCGUCUGGCCCGAGUCCAAGAGCUUUGACGACAUGGGCAUACCCCCUGUACCCUCCCGAUGGCUCGGCGCUUGCGAGUCUGGCCCCGACUUCAGCCCUUCUGUUUGUAACAAGAAACUCAUCGGCGCUCGUAGCUUCUCUAGAGGCUACCGCAUGGCCUCCGGUGGGAGACAUACCACCAAUAACCCCAAUCAGAUCGAAUCACCUCGGGAUCGGGACGGUCACGGAACUCACACGGCAAGCACGGCAGCCGGGUCGCACGUGGCCAACGCCAGCCUUCUCGGGUACGCCAGCGGUACGGCACGUGGGAUGGCGACACGAGCGCGUGUUGCCACCUACAAGGUCUGUUGGAGUACCGGAUGUUUCGGUUCUGACAUACUCGCCGGAAUAGACCGCGCCAUCGCCGAUGGUGUCGAUGUGUUGUCGCUCUCUCUUGGUGGUGGUUCCUCACCCUACUACCGGGAUAUCAUCGCCAUCGGAGCGUUCGCUGCAAUGGAGAAAGGCAUCUUUGUCUCCUGCUCGGCUGGGAACAGUGGGCCCGGUCGGGCUACGUUGACCAAUGUGGCUCCCUGGAUUAUGACCGUUGCUGCUGGGACCCUAGACCGGGAUUUCCCGGCUUACGCCUCGCUCGGUAACGGUAAGCGGUUCGCUGGGGUGUCACUCUACAGUGGAAAAGGUAUGGGUACCAAACCGGUCGGUUUGGUCUAUAGUAAAGGCAAUGAGACGAGCAAUUUGUGCUUGCCCGAUUCGCUUGAAUCAAAACGGGUUCGUGGGAAGGUGGUGAUCUGUGAUCGAGGGAUUAAUGCCCGGGUUGAGAAGGGUGCGGUUGUACGUGACGCGGGUGGAUUGGGAAUGAUACUGGCGAACACGGCGGCGAGUGGGGAGGAGAUGGUGGCCGACAGCCAUUUGCUCCCGGCGGUGGCGGUGGGUUGGAAGACAGGGGAUCUAAUCAGGGAAUACACUCGAUCCGAUCCAAAUCCAACGGCAAUGCUGAGCUUUGGUGGGACCGUGUUAAAUAUACGACCGUCGCCGGUAGUGGCGGCGUUUAGUUCGAGAGGACCAAACGUGGUGACGCCUCAGAUACUGAAGCCCGAUGUGAUCGGACCAGGAGUGAACAUAUUAGCUUCUUGGUCGGAGUUAGUGGGACCAACUGGUCUGAAGAACGACACGAGGAAGGCUCAGUUCAAUAUCAUGUCUGGUACGUCGAUGUCGUGUCCACACAUCAGUGGCGUGGCAGCAUUGUUGAAGGCGGCCCACCCAAAGUGGAGUCCUAGUGCCAUCAAGUCUGCCCUCAUGACCACCGCCUACACCAGCGACAAUACCAAGUCUCCCCUCCGGGACGCUGCCGGCGGGGACAUCUCCACCCCGUGGGCACACGGAUCGGGCCAUGUAGACCCACAUAAAGCCCUCAACCCUGGGCUCGUCUAUGAUGCCACUCCCGACGACUACAUCACCUUCCUGUGCUCUUUGGACUACAGCAUCGAUCAAGUCAAGGCCAUCACAAAGCGCCAAAACAUCACAUGCUCUCGACGGUUUGCUGACCCUGGCGAGCUCAACUAUCCCUCCUUCUCUGUCCUAUUUGGCACCAAAAAGAGGGUCGUUCGCUACACGCGUGAGCUCACUAAUGUUGGACCCACAGGUUCUGUGUAUAAUGUGGCCAUAGGUGGGCCCUCGAGUGUUGGGGUAACGGUUAAGCCCACGAAGCUCGUGUUCAAAGAGGUGGGAGAGAUGAAGAAGUAUACUGUGACAUUUGUGGCAAAGAAGGGAUUAAGUAGGAUGUUGGGGACUGCGGAGUUUGGUUGGAUUGUUUGGAGAAACGAGCAGUACCAAGUCCGGAGUCCGGUUUCCUAUGAAUGGCUGCACCACUGAGUUGGUUCGUUUGUUUGUUUGAUUGAUUGAUCGAUCUUUUCUUUUGGUUGCUGCCUGCUGGCCAGAUUUCUUUAGGGCCCACGAGUCGACCGGAGCGCGCAGGAGAAAGGGACGGCAAUAAACGGCCCCCAAAUCCAUGGGGAUGGGGCCCAUCCCAUCUGACUCGUCUCCCAGUCUCAGUGUCUGUUUGAUACUAGAGUCUGAUCGGGUGGGAAUUUUUCCGGUCAGGUUUGGCAUUACAGUGGCAGUUGAAAUUGCAACUGACUUCAGAUUUGUUUGUACUACUAAGUAAGAAUUACUGUUAAACCUUAGAUACGGUAAGAAAUCAAAACCCAUCUGAGGUUUAGUGAUAAUAAUAUUAAGCCCAAAUACAAACAUAGGCCCAAAUUGCUUUCAUAAACAUUUGGUCUAUUUGGCA